AUGGAAGGUCAGUACAGCAACUUCCGAUUCGAGUGCGAAGGGCGGACGUCGAGGGGGGAAUGGCCGGGGGCCACGGUAGGGGGUCUGCCAACCAGCCGAGGACGUAAGGAACCCGUCGAGCGCUUCGCCAAGGAGAAACCGCGGCCUGCGAAGCCCGCUUCGAAAACCUGCGCCAACAAGAAAAGGCAGAGAUUCGCCAGGAAUGACCCAGUCGGUGCGGUGACUGCGGAGAACCUUGGCUGUCACGGCAAGGCCUGUCCUGGGCUGAGCAGCAACCACCGCCGGGGCCCUGCUCUCGACGCCCAGCUCUUUAGCCCGCAGACCCACCGCGCUUCCGAGCAGCUUUGGUAUGAGGAUCACGUGUACGAGAACGUGGAGACGGCCCGGCUGUGGUUGAGCCAGCGAUGGCUGGGGCGAGGGCGAGGGCGAGACGAGGAGACCAUCACCUACACGUCACCGUCUGAGCUCUUCAUCAGCGAGGAGAGAAGGACGACACUGAGCAGGAGCCAAGUGUGGAUUCCCCCGCCCUCCCUGCCUGCAAAGUUUAAGAGGGAAAGGUUUGCAGCCAAGAUGAACGAGACCAACUCCAAUCCUGAGUGGUGCAGCGGCUACUCGACUGAAUGCAAGUCGGACCCGUUCAACUCGGAGGGAUCUACUGAUAACACAGGUUUGGAGAACCCGACUUAUGUUAACCUGAGAGAAGUGCGUCCAAGUACGGUGCACACCAGAUGCCCACACGGUGAAAAUCAAUGGCCAGCGAGGGUCCAGGCAGACAGAGAGACCAUCAAGGGAGGGGUCCCUGACAAUUCCAAACCACCCCCUCUCCCCAAGAAGAAAAUCAUCCGCACAAACUCAGCCCCCGGGGGAGGGUUGCUGAACUCAAAGCUGUCGAAGAGUCUUCCCACCUCUCCCGGCAUUCAGAUUAGUAACCCGCUCUAUGGCAUCUACAAAGGGAAGCCUGUGUACUAUGGUAACAGCAGCGCAAGUGUUCCCACCAGUCCCAUGAGCACUAACGAGUUGUUCAACCUUCCGGGCCCUAAUAAAGAAGGGAAAAGGAUGGUAAAAUCCCAAAGCCUGGAUGAAGUCACGAGUUACUAUCAUUUCAGCGAGCCUCAAGUCUCUAUUGAGACGUUAAACUUUGACAUAACCGCGCUGGAGCUGAGCCUCUUCUUCCCCAACUUCGCCACGAGGAGCGAGGUGUUCAGAACGCUCGCCCUGCGCUGUGCUGUGUCGCUGGACUACAUUUGCGCCAAGUAUCAGAAGUUCUUCCUGAAAGACCAGACAGAGGUGACCUUCGAAGAGAAGGACUGGCCUGACUUCAGCCUUCAGUCCACCAAGGCCAGCUGUUCCUCUAGCGACGCUGCUUACUACAUUGUCCAGCACACUGUGGAGCCACGGAAUCUAUACGCUAUGAAGAUCUGCAAAGCCCAGAGCCUGGAACACGGACAGAUGGAAUCCACCCUCUCUGUACAGAGAAGCAUCCCGGUCCACUUCAACAUCCAACAGGUCUGCGGUCACUUUGUGGCAUCCACCCCGCUAAGCCUAUUGCCUCCCAAAGGGGCGCCCUCGAUUCCCGGCGACCAAGAAGACAGAAACAGCCACGGUGGAGAAACCGAUGAGUCGGGAAGCCCUGAAGGCAACUCAAAGGAAGUCAACCAAAUGGUUACCAUCAUGGGGGAGAUUCCCUUUCAGACCAUGGCGGAUUUCGUGAUCAAGUCCAUCGAUCUUCAUCAGUCCCAGCCAGAUGUGUACGAGCGUGAAGUGAGUCUACUUCUUCUGCAGCUGUGCGCAGGGCUGGAACACCUCAAAGUUCACCACACGACCCAUUGCGAUCUUCGCCCGGAAAACCUGCUCUUGGUCGAGCCGACCGCGGGCUGCCGCAAGGCAGGGCCGAGAGGGGAAGGGCUGGCGGAGAAGCUUCGGGUGCCCAGGCUGACCCUCAGCAAUUUCUCCAGUGCCAAGCAAAGGAGCACCACCGUAAACCGCAAGCCUCACCCGGACCGUGCCCGCCUAGCGCCCGAGAUCGCAUCCACCUCCCAGUAUAAGAAGGUCGACGAGUUCCAAGUGGGCAUCCUGAUCUACGAAGCCCUGCACCUGCCGAAUCCCUUCGAGAACAUUUCCAGGGAAAACGAGGACCAGGAGUACGAUUCCAAAAACCUGCCUCAGAUCCCGUGCUUGUCCCCUUACUCAGAGGGUCUCCAGCAUCUUGCCCACUUGCUGCUACGUGCCGACCCCACUCAGAGAAUACACAUUCGUCAAGCAAAGAGCAUCCUACAGGCCCUGAUUUGGGGUCCAAGGAAAGAGGUCUUCAGUCUGAACACUGGGGCCAAGGACAUCAGUGAGUUGCUGGGGAACUGGUUGGAUGCGAAGCGAUUUCUGCUGAUGCUGAAGUUAGGGGAAAGGUUCCUGGAGGACGAUGGGUCUAUUGAGCUUGAAGACUGGCUUUGCUCUCAGUACUUUGCAUUUGCUACUCCCGAUUCAGUGUUUCAAGCAAUGGAAGGGUUAUUGAUUUUCAGCAGGAAACACACUGAAUGAGGAAUACCAGCUAUCCAUAGGCUGCAAUCAUCCAGAACUCUGCAGCCCGUGUCCUCUCCCCUCACCAGGCUCCG